CGUUCAUAAAUCUGCGUCCAGCCAAUCAGGAGGCUCCAGUUAAUCCCAGUUUGGUAAAAAGCGGCUGAUCGCUCGGAGCGGCUCAGAUCUGAACACGCUCACAGACUCAGGCACUGCGGGGCUGCAGCUUCGAGGAGAUGUCCGAUAUUCUCGCAAACUUUCUCACCACUUGAUCCGCAUUUUUGGAGCUUUGUGAAACUUGCAGAGGACACAGCAGAGACUUCAUCCACAGCCGUCCCGUCACAUCACAUCGGAGGGGAGGAUUGCUUUUCUUUUCUUUUCUUUUUUGAGUUCUUCUCACAGCUACGAUUCUUUCUCCGGACAUCCCGUUGGCUCCGGUCGUCAUGUCCUCCGGUGAUACCUCGGAGCAGAGUCGGCGGGUCAGCGUGCUGUCUUGGGAUCAGGUGCGGCGUUUGGACUCCAUCCGGGAGAGCGUACCGAUCCACGGCCGAGGAAACUUCCCCACGCUGUCCGUGCAGCCCCGGCAGAUCGUCCAGGUGGUCAGGGCUCGCCUGGAGGAGCGGGGCGUGGUGGUACGUGAUGUUAAGCUGAACGGCUCGGCAGCCAGCCAUGUGCUUCACCAGGAUAACGGCCUUGGCUACAAAGACCUGGACCUGAUCUUUGGCCUUAGCCUGACCGAUGACAAAACCUUCCGGCUGGUGAAGGACGUGGUGCUGGACUGCCUGGUGGACUUCUUGCCUGAAGGGGUGUGCAGGGAGCGAAUCACAGCCCUCGCCCUGAAGGAGGCGUAUGUGCAGAAACUGGUGAAAGUUUGCAACGAGACGGACCGCUGGAGCCUCAUCUCGCUGUCCAACAACACCGGCAAGAACGUGGAACUGAAGUUUGUGGACUCCCUGAGAAGGCAAUUUGAGUUCAGCGUCGACUCCUUCCAGAUCACUCUGGACUCGCUGCUGCUCUUCGACCGCUGCUCAGAGACGGCCAUGUCCGAGACAUUUCACCCUACAGUGCAGGGGGAGAGCAUGUACGGAGACUUUGAGGAAGCUCUGGGUCACCUUUGGUCCAAGACCAUCGCCACCCGUAGCCCAGAAGAGAUCCGGGGCGGCGGUCUACUCAAGUACUGCCACCUGCUGGUGCGUGGCUUCCGGCCAGCUUCAGAGGCUCAGAUGAAACAGAUGCAGCGCUACAUGUGCUCACGCUUCUUCAUCGACUUCCCUGACAUAAGCGAGCAACAGAGAAAACUGGAGACGUAUCUGCAGAACCACUUUGCAGGCAUGGAGCACAAGCGCUACGAGUACCUGGUGACGUUGAGGCGAGUGGUGGAUGAAAGCACUGUGUGUCUGAUGGGUCACGAGCGCCGCCAGACGCUGGCGCUUAUUUCCGCCCUGGCACUGCGCGUGAUGGCCGAACAGAACGCUAUCCCUGCUCUGUCCAACAUCACCUGCUACUACCAGCCCGCUCCCUAUGUCAGAGAUGUCAACUUCAGCAACUACUAUGUGGCACAAGUCCAGUCACACAUGGCUACGUGCAGUAACUCUUAUCAGACAUGGCUUCCCUGCAGCUGAGUAGUGACUUUACAGAUGUGUGGAGAGUUGUGUUGCAACUUAACAUUGACGUUAGCUGAGCGUUCAUUACCUGCAGUGUCCACAGCAAGCAUCAGCGUUGUGUCCUGCCUCCAUCAUGGCUGCAGGAAAUAGUCUGUUGCCAUUAUACCGAGCGUGAGCGUGUCCACUGUGCCCCGCUGUCUUCAUGGCUCGGGUCUAUUUUUGCUGGACCGACUAGCAUUCUGAAGCAUGAAAUUCUCUCAUGAAUGUAUAAAAAAAACCUAUAUUAAGUAAAAAUUGUGCGCCAUUUCAUUUGUUAUUGACUUUGUCUUAACACGUAUGCAGCAAACUGUUUUUUUCUUGUUUGUAGUUUGUGUAAGACAGACGAGUAGAAGAAAAAAGACACAAGAAGGGAGACAAUAUCAUUCUGUUCUGUCCUGCACUCUCUGAUCACCAAUUCGUGACACGGUAAUUCUCGUUUACAAUUGUGUGUUUCCAUUCAAUGACAGCUGUGCAGUGAAAUCCGAUAUUUACAUCCAAAUCAAGUGAUGACUUAAAAAACAGCCAACAAAGUUUUAAACCAGCUGCAAAUGUUUAUUUAAUAUGCCGUUAAAACAUGAAAAAAGCAGCAAAACAAUUCAGCUCAGCCGGAAACCAGCUGGAGCUCAGUUGAAACACGACUUAUCCGGAUUCUUACGAACAUAUGGGAAUAUUUGAAUUCUUGGUUCGUCUGUAGCAAUGUGGCUUUUGUGUUUUGAUGCCCUAUGUCAAGAAAUUUAAUUCAUGUUUUUUUUUUGUGCCAAAUCUAAUAUGAAAACCAUCCCACUAAGUUAUAAUGAUUAAUACUGCUGUAAAAAAAAAGAAAAAAAUCAUUUGAGCCAUUAUAAUGAUAUCUUUUUAUUCUGUUGUUUUAUAACCAAUGUGGACAUGUAUGGAAGAAUAUGAAGGCUUGAUGUAUGACAGACGAACUUUGUCAGUUCUGUUUCUGGUCGGAUGGAGGCUUGUAUUGGGUCUUUAAUGAAAUGUAAAUACUUGGUUCGAAACCGGAAAGCUGUUUUUUUGUGUUGCUGUUGUUCUGUCUGUGGUUUCAGCUGACCUGACUAGGAGGGAAAAAGGACCAAAGAAAUACUUUUUAUGUGUAGCAUGACAAACAAAGACUGUAUGUUGUUCCAAGUGCCUGAAUUUGACCGACAUCUUUAUAGUAGUUGCUAUGUAAUAACUGUUUUUGAAUCUUUUUCAUCCAGGUUACUGUACAUUUCUAUAUCCAGGGUCUGUUUGUUUUUAAAUCAUUAAAAAAAUGUCAACAACUGAAA